UUUUAAGCCCGCGAUUACCACCGCUGACCUACCUUUUAAUAUGGCGGCCACAGAGAAUGACAAACUUACGUUUGAAACAAAUGGAAACCAGAAAGCCGAGAUUGUCACGUCGGUGGGUCAUGAUCGAAGAUCAAGGUCUUUGGAAUCAAUGAGUCCUGAAAGCCCCAAGAGACAAGAGAGCAAGCCAUCAGGGCAAACUAAAAGUGGGAAGCAGAAAAAGAAAAACCAGCAAAAGCAGAAACAACUAGAAGAUACCUCUGGAAAAGCACCUGGUAAGAAAGAUGGAGCCGAGGUGCAUCUAGAGGGUGCUUCAAAAAAAGUUGUAGCAGGUCCACCCAUCAGUCAGGGUGAUGCAGGUGGUUUGCCUUCCAAGGAGAAACCUGAGAAAAGUAAAUCAGAGCUGAAAGCAGAAAGAAGAGCAAAGCAGGAAGCACAGCGUGCUGCCAAGGCUGCUAAACAAGAAGUUGGAGGGAAAGGAAAACUGCCAGAGGGUCACAGACAAGUCCAAGUUGCACCAACUUUACAAGCUGAUGAUGCAAAAGUACAGAAAAAAGUAGCAAAAAAAUUAGCUAGGGAACAGGUACCACUGAGAGUAAAGCCACAAAAGAAGGUGGGCCUGUUUUCUCAUCUGCAUCAGUAUGAAAAAGAUGUCUCCCUUACCCAAGAGAUCAGCCUUGGGUUGACUGGAAAUAUUCAUCCUGUGAUUAUCAAGCUUGGUGUACAGUAUGCAAAAGGGAUUAUCUGUGGCUCAAAUGCUAGAUGUGUAGCGUUACUCAUGGGACUGAUAAAGGCCAUCAGUGAUUACAGUACACCAAUACAGAAAGAGUUAUCAAGAGAUCUAGAGGCCAAGAUCAAGCCAAAUAUAAGCUUUCUGACGCAGUGCCGCCCUUUAUCAGUCAGCAUGGGAAAUGCAAUCAAAUUUGUUAAAUUGAAUAUCACACGUAUACCGCCAGAUAUGCCUGAAGAUCAGGCCAAAAGGUCUUUGAUUGUGAAAAUAAAGAAUUUCAUCCGUGAAAGAGUAUACCUAGCUGGUGAAGCUAUAUCUAAAACAUAUGCAAGAACUAAGAUCAAUAAUGGAGAUGUCAUACUAACAUAUGCAUGCUCUUCUCUGAUAGUCAAAAUACUCAAAGAUGCCCACGAUUCUGGAAAAAAGUUUUCUGUCAUUGUUGUGGACUCUAGACCAAAGCUUGAAGGUAGAGAGUGCUUGCGGAGGUUGGUAAACCAUGGAAUCUGCUGCUCCUAUGUGCUGAUCAGUGCCAUUUCUUAUGUCAUCAAAGAGGUGUCCAAAGUGUUCCUUGGUGCACAUGCGCUGCUGGCUAAUGGUUAUGUCAAGUCUCGCGUGGGCUCGUCCAUGAUAGCCAUGAUGGCCAAUGCGUAUAACGUCCCUGUUCUUGUGUGCUGUGAGACAUACAAAUUCAGUGACAGAGUCCAGACGGAUUCCUUUGUUUCUAAUGAACUUGGUGACCCAGACGACUUAGUCCCGAUCUCCCGACACAGCGAGCGUGACACUCUAGCCGAGUGGCGUGACACUCCCUCUCUUCAUCUCCUUAAUCUGGUGUAUGACGUGACGCCCCCGGAUUUCAUCUCCAUGGUGGUCACUGAGGUCGGCAUGAUUCCGUGUACAUCAGUUCCUGUUGUGUUACGUGUCCAGAACCCAGAAACAUGCUAAUGAGAAACUCGAAAGUCCUCCUCACCAUAAUACAUAACUAAGUUAGUCACAAGGUUAUUAGAAUGUGCUACAUGUAUAGAACCCGGUGACCUGAUGAAAUCGAAAGUUCUCCUCACUAUAAUUCAUGACUAAUGUAGUCACAAGGUCAUGAGAAUGUGUUACAUGUAUAGAACUUGGAGACCUCUGUUAGUCAGCAUGUAAUGAGAAUUGUGGUAACAUAACACUAAGAACAAACACCAGUGCCGGAUCAGCUUUUCCUGUGCGACGCCGCAAAGUGGAAGCGAAUGGACAAAAAAAAACAUUGAACUGUCUAAAUGUAAAUGUCACUCAUCAUAACUUGUCUGACUAAAGAUUACGGCUCGAGCCACUUAAAA